AUGGUCAAAUUGAGCCUGAACCUCAAAGCUGAGCUUGCGGGUGUGAACAAUCUUGCACCUGCAGAUGAGGAUGGCGACUUCACCUACUUCUUCAAGGUCGAAUGCACAUCAUGUCGUGAAGUCCAUAAUAACUGGGUUGGAAUUUCCCGUAAUGAGGAAGCCGAAAUCAGCGGUUCCAAAGGAAAUGCCACCUGGGUUUGGAGAUGCAAGAACUGCAAGCGGGAAAGCUCCGCAUCUUUUGAGAAUGCCCCUGUAUCCUACGACAAGGAGGCACCAAAGCCGAUACUCACAUUCGAAUGCAGAGGCUGCGAGUUUGUCGAAUUUAAGCCUGAUGGCGAGUGGGUAUGCGAAGGCGAGGAGAGCGGAACGAAGUUUGAAGGAGUGGAUCUUACGGAGGAUUGGUAUGAUUACGAUGAGAAAGCGGGAGCGGAAGUCUCCAUUAUCGAUAUGCAAUGGGAGAUCAAGCGAGCAUGA